GCUAUUGUGGUGACUGAAUUGCUUUCCAGUACCAGGGUAUUUAGUUAGGCAGAUUGUGUUUCCUUACACCCCACGAUGAUCUCCCUUGAUGGCGGCUGGUGAUAAGUGGCUUGGGGGGGACAGCAGAAUCUCACAAACAGGGACAUGAGCGUGCAUACAGACAGCAUCAUAACAACAUGGAAUACAGCUCUGCAGGGAUCAUGGACGACUGCGUUGUUGAGUGAAGAAUUGGUAACACUGGACCGCUGACACCUCCAUCUACUGUCCACUAACCAUGGGAAGCGCAGAAGAAAUGCACGGAUGGACAGUAAAAAUGAGCACGCCGGGCGUUUUGGCUGUAGUGACGUUCUUUUCUAUGCUUCCUGGCGGUGUGCUCAGCGAUAUGAGAUGUACUCAGGGUCUGGAAGCCCAACAAUUUGCCCAGGGGUCCACUCAUCUGCACCGUCGCCUGAAGAGAGGCUGGAUCUGGAAACAGCUGUUUGUCCCAGAGGAAGAUCCCACUCCUCGUGUUAUUGGCCAGCUCAAAUCUGAUUCCGACCGAGGCGAGUUUUCUAUCAAGUACAUAUUAUCAGGGGAAGGCGCCGGAGAUGUGUUUGAGAUAGAUGAGUAUUCUGGUGAGAUCCGGACUCUGAAGAAGCUUGAUCGUGAGGAGAAGGCUUUUUACAUCCUUCAAGCCCAGGCUAUCAACAGGAGGUCCAACGAGCCAGAGGAGCCCCAGUCAGAGUUUAUCAUCCAGGUGCAAGACAUCAAUGACAAUGUCCCCCAGUUCCAGAAUGAACCAUAUGUGUCCAGCAUCCCCGAGAUGUGUCCAACUGGGACCAGAGUGGCCCAGGUGACAGCCACAGAUGCUGAUGAUCCCCUGUUCGGAAACAACGCCAAGCUCAUCUACUCCAUCCUGCAGGGGGAGCCCUACUUCUCCGUGGAGCCAAAGACGGGGAUUAUUGUAACAUCCUGGCCAAACAUGGACCGUGAAGCCAGGGAGCAGUACCUGGUGGUGGUGCAGGUGAAGGAUAUGCUGGGCCUGAGCGGCGGCUACUCCUCCUCCACCACAGUUACCGUCAGCCUGACUGAUGUCAACGACAAUGGACCCACGUUCCAGCACCGUGAGUCACAGUAA